UAACCGUGUAUAAAUAUAUGAUCAUGACAUGACUCUGCACCCCGUUUAUUAACAGCCUUCUCCCUUGUCAGUGCUAUAUAGUUUCAUUAAUUAUCCAAAAUAUUAUUUGGCUUCAAGAGUUUAUCAAUUCUUUCUCACCUCACCUUCUCAAUAGCUUUGUUUCUUUUUGAUUAAUUUGACUCUCCUCUUUGAAAGGGAGGAAGAAGGGUUGAGAGACAAAUUAAGAGUCAUUGGAAUUUUCAUAUAUGGCUGUGGCUGAUGCAUUUGAUGAGCAGUGUGAUUACUUGUUCAAGGCUGUUCUAAUUGGGGACUCAGGAGUUGGGAAGUCAAAUUUGAUAUCAAGGUUUGCAAAAGAUGAAUUCAGGUUGGAUUCCAAGCCAACCAUAGGUGUGGAAUUUGCAUACAGAAACAUCAAGGUCAGGGACAAGCUCAUCAAAGCACAAAUAUGGGACACUGCCGGCCAAGAGAGGUUUAGAGCUAUCACAAGCUCAUACUACAGAGGAGCCUUGGGGGCAAUGCUAGUGUAUGACAUAACCAAGAGAGCAACUUUUGUGAAUGUAGGAAAAUGGCUUCAUGAGUUGAGAGAGUUUGGAGGAGAAGACAUGGUGGUUGUUUUGGUGGGAAACAAAUCUGAUUUGGAUCAAUCAAGGCAAGUUGAGAGAGAAGAAGGAAAAGUGUUUGCAGAAACAGAAGAGUUAUGCUUCAUGGAAACCUCUGCUUUGCAGAAUCUGAAUGUUGAUGAAGCAUUCUUGGAAAUGAUCACUAAGAUUCAUGACAUCAUAAGCCAGAAAAGUUUGGAAACCAAAAUGAAUGGCACAGCAUUAAAUCUUCCUAGUGGGAAGGAGAUUCAUAUAGCUGAUGAAGUUACUGCUACUAAACAAGCUAAAUAUUGUUGUUCAUGAUUAUAGCUUGCAUGAUGAAAUUUUGCUAUUUUACAAGUAUCUUUGAUCAACUCAGAUGUUGAUUCUUCCUUUUUAAUUUCCCCCCUUUCUUUUUAGUUUUUCUUUGAUAUAUGAUCUCCUGGUAAUUUUUUUAGAAGUGAUGAAUUAUAUUGUUUAUC